AUGAGCUCUUCACAGCUUCUCAACCGUUUCCCUUGGGCGAAGAGUCCCCUCAUCAGCAAUGCGCCCAUGCUCGGCAUUGCUACGCCUCUCAUGGCGGCGGAGGUCACAAAAGCUGGCGGCCUUGGAUUCCUCCCCUCGUUGGCAUACAUUGAACCAAACUCGGAGCACAUCAAUAGACUUAUUGGCCACUUUGAUGAAGUCCGGGAACUUCUGGGAGUCGACCAGCCUUUUGAUGGGCCACUCCGUGUCGGGGCUAGCUUCAUAACAAGUCAUAGCUCCUUGAGCUACUUUGAGGAGACGGCUCUGCCUCUUAUAGCCAAGUAUCGUCCUGCUGCAAUAUGGUUGUUUGCCCCAGAUGGAGACCUUAGGCCUCAUAGCAAGAUAAUCCCUAGCCUAAAGGCUCUGAGUCAUCCUCCGAUUGUGUUUGUCCAGGUUGGAAAUGUUGCUGCAGCGCGAGAGGCAGUCCAAGACGGUGCCGAUGUACUCGUGACUCAGGGUGUAGAUGCUGGAGGCCACCAGUUUCGUCAAGGAUCCGGCAUUGUGAGCCUGGUUCCUGAAGUCAGAGAUAUGCUGGAUAGAGAGUUUCCUGACAGACCAAUAAGCAUCGUGGCUGCAGGAGGUAUUGCUGAUGGGCGGGGUGUUGCUGGAGCAUUGGCUCUGGGUGCCGAGGGUGUUGUUAUGGGGACAAAAUUCACUAUUGCGCCCGAAUCAAACUAUCCCGAGAUACGAAAGAGGAAAGUCCUUGAGGCUGUGGAUGGUGGCGUGUCAACUUUCAAGUCCACGUUCCAUGACAGGAUAGUCAACAGUCCUCUUUGGGGGCCCCUCUACGACGGACGUGCCAUCGUUGGCCCUAUCCAUGAGAGGUUCCUCGCGGGAGCAAGCUUGGAAGAAUGUCAACGGAGGCUCAAAGAGGACUACUCAGAGGAGGAGGCUCGCUAUCUCGUUAAUACCUGGGCGGGAACUGGCGUCGGGCUUAUCAAUAAGGUCCAGCCUACGGGUGAGAUUGUUCGUGAAGUACGUGAACAGGCUCGGUGUGAGCUUCAAAGAGCGACCGGUCUCGUUUAG